UUUUUUCCCCCUCGGCUGCUGGUUUCGUCUAUCCUGGAAUCCCAUUCCUUUGCUUCCCUUAUCGGCGACGAUGGUGUUCUACGCUCUCUGCGUCACGGCGGAGCUUGAGAAUCUAACCGAUCUCCAACCUCUAGGAGGUUGCAGCGAUCCCGAAUACGCUUACUAUUUUAAGGUAAAGUGUGAGAAUUGCGGAGAGACGAGUCAGAAGGAAGCGUGCGUGACGUUGUCGGAUUCAUUUCAGCUUCCCACGGGCAGAGGCACAGCCAAUCUCGUUCAGAAGUGCAAACUUUGUGGAAGAGAUGGAACAAUCCAGAUGCUUCCUGGACAUGGUGAACCCUUGACUCUUCAACAAAGUCAGUCUGGGAGUGAGGCCAUGUUGAUGGUCUUUGACUGUAGGGGAUUUGAACCAAUUGACUUCUCUUUUGGAAAUGGAUGGAAAGCAGAAUCUACAAGUGGUGCAAGGUUUGAGAUGGACCUAUCAGAAGGGGAGUUUGUCGAGUAUGAUGAGAAGGGAGAAUGCCCAGUUGGCAUAAGCAAUCUUAGAGCGUCAUUUAAAGUGGUAAAAAAGCAUGAGAGGGCUGGCAAGACAACCUUUGUUUGACAUCCAUGCCAUAUCUCUGAAAUCAGGAAAUACAAGAUGUUGAAAAUCCUCACUGCUUCUUUUGGGGUUGCCUCACUGUUCUUUAAUCUCUCCCAAACAAAUUUCUUGCAUAGACUUGUCUACUUUUCCGUGCAAAUGCAUAUACGUUAAAGACUCCUAACUGGCUGUUAUUGUGUGGACAAUGCCUAACCUCAAACAUGGCUCUCAUGGUGCUGACAAACAAACACUCAUGCUCAAACGUUUAUUGUUGCUCACAUUAUUGUCAUGAUCCGUGCGAAAUUCCCCUUUUGUU